UUUAGGAGAACGGGCUCCUACGAACGAGUGUGUAGCCCAGCGUGACGUUUGAUGGAAUAGCUGCAGAACAUUGCCUUUCUCCUCCGGUGGUGUUGAUCGGAACAAGGACGAGGAGGGGGACCUCGAGACACAUUCACCAAGAGGAAGUAAGAAGUACCGCAGGUUUUUUGGAGGGCCUAUUUGACUUCCUUGCUCUAUCAACAGAUCCACUACCCCGCCCCUCCCGACCCUGAAGAGAAUAGAAAUCAAUAGUAUGAACAUUUUGUGACCGCUACAAUUAAGUAACAAUAUACUUAGACGGCUUGUCAUACAAUUUACUUAUCUCACCUUUGGGUACACAUUUGAACUUGGAUGUCUCAAACUCUGAGAAUUAAGUUAUGAACAGCAAUACUACAAGUUAGCUAAUGAUUUGCCACCAGGAAUAUUAUUGUUGCCAGUUUGAGAUUCCUUUCUUUGGCCGACACAUUGUGAAGCAUUGAUAGACCCGCACAUGACUCAGUUUGAGCUUCAUAUUUCACACCAUGUCCAUUUGUAAUUAGUUGCCUAGUUACGCCCGGUUAAGCAAAUAAAGUUAACCUGCAUGGUUUUGACAUUAAGGAAGUUUAAAAAGGAAAUAUUGAAGAAUCCAACCAUUUUGUUUCAUUUUGAACGGAAUAUUUAUGCACUGUUUACAUGAUGGGGAAAAUGCUAUCGAAAAUCUUUGGCAACAAGGAGAUGAGAAUAUUGAUGCUUGGACUUGAUGCUGCUGGAAAGACCACCAUCCUUUACAAACUGAAACUUGGACAGUCGGUCACCACAAUUCCCACAGUUGGUUUCAACGUUGAGACUGUGACUUACAAAAAUGUCAAAUUCAAUGUAUGGGACGUUGGAGGCCAAGAUAAGAUCCGUCCCCUGUGGCGACACUACUACACGGGCACUCAAGGGUUAAUCUUUGUUGUGGAUUGCGCAGACAGAGAUCGCAUUGAUGAGGCCAGGCAGGAACUCCAUCGCAUCAUUAAUGACCGUGAGAUGAGGGACGCCAUCAUCUUGAUUUUUGCCAAUAAGCAAGACCUGCCCGAUGCCAUGAAGCCACACGAAAUCCAAGAGAAACUAGGAUUGACCCGCAUUAGAGAUAGGAAUUGGUAUGUUCAGCCCUCCUGUGCGACCACGGGAGACGGACUAUAUGAGGGGUUGACAUGGCUAACAUCAAAUUACAAAUCCUAAUGAUUGAGUGAUUACUGUUUUAGAUUCAACUACAAAAAAGUCAAAUUGAGGCAAGUAACACAACUUUACUUCUCAAAUAAAUAUAUAAUAAAGAGAAGUUUGAUCUCCAUUUAUUUUUUAUUACUAUGAUGACCCUAUAACUAAUUUAUCUUUAUAAACUUGGUUUUCUGGCUUAUAGUUUGCUUCUACUUAGUUCUUGAGAACCCAAGGUGUCUUAAAGCCGGUCCCUGUCUUGGGUUCUUAGCUGAUGGUAUGGAGGACAGCUGGCUCCAUGUGAACUACAUUCCAGAUGCUCCGUUUUAACCUUUAGAAACUUUAAUAAUCCUUGCUUGCGAUACAGUUUUGGAAACCUUUAGUUGCAAACUUUUAGAUCAGGGUGAAAUAAUCAUUCAAAUACAAAUGAUGCAGUUUAGCAAAGUUGCACCUGGCAUUGUUAUUUUUUAAACGGCCCUCUGCCGAGGUAUGAAACUUCCUCCCCGGUUAAGGUAAAUUCACACUGCGGAAGCCAUGUAGCGUACAGGAGGCUCCUUGUAAUGCGCUCCGGCAUUCAACGUACUUUUGUACUACCUGAACAUUUUGGAGAGCUGUACCAUUCCUUCCGCAACAUGGGGGCAGUGUUGCCGCAUGGUUCCUUGAUCUGACCAAUGCUGUAUGCCGGGCUCUCCAACCCUGUUCCCCGGAGAGCUACCCUCCUGUACGUUUUCGCAUGGAGAUGUGAGAAGCUAAAAAGGCUAGCUAUGUUUUUAGUCAGGCUAACGCCAGCUAGCCAGGCUGCCAACUAGCUACUACUAGCAAGGGAAGGCGACUCUUCCUUGAUUUCACAAAAGGAAAUGACAAAAAUAAAAAAUAAAUGCUGUCGCCCCCUUGUGAAUUAGAGUGGGAGCGGUGAAGAUAUCAUUUUGCCAACAGGGGUCCGCUGCUCCAAAAUUUGCACGCACGUAGAUCAACAAAGUGAAGAUUGUAGUAACCUUUACGCGCCAUUGGAGACUUUUGAAGUGGAAAUUGGAGGGGAGAAAGUGUAGCCUGUUGGAGGCAGUGUUCUUGAAAAUACAGCCGGGUGCAACUUUCCUAAACUGCUUAGAGUACGUGUAUAUUUUGUAUUUGAAAAAGUUCCAAAUGUUUCCAAAACGGUAUCACGUGCAAGGUGUAUUUGAGUUUAGGCAGAGCAUUUGUGCAGUGUUGGCAUUGAGCCAAGUCCAAUGGCUCAAUGUAAUGCAGUGGAAUUGGAGUCAUGAAUAAGUGUUAGCUUCUACUCUGUAGCAAGCCUAGGGGACAUUAUGUGGCUUGAUGAAUACCAAUUAAAUGUGUUCAUAAUUCAAAGCUACAGAGAUUACCAACUUUGCCUAUUCUUUAUCACAUUUUUAUAUAUUUUCUAACAGAGCUGGAUUUGUAUUUUCAUUAGGGCUCAAGCUUGGUUCAUGUAUGCUUUAAAGAUACUGUUGGAUUGUGAGUAACAUAAGGGUCUGAUUCAUAGUUUUUCCUUUCAGAACUAAAGUCUGAUGUUUAGUCUAGCUUGUUUGGGACAACUACAACACCUUAUAUUAAACAUGUUUUUAAUACAGAAACCAUUUAGCAAAUGUAGGUAUUUGUAUUGACAAACACUGCAAGGUGUGAUUUAAAAGUUUCGCCAUUGCGUACAUUUAAUUGUCAACAUUCUGGACAUUGUUGUGACAAAAUUGUCAGGAAAGACAUUGACUGUGUCCGAAUACCCAUACUUGCAUUCAAAAUAGUAGGUGUUUUGGGUAUGCAAAAAUGUUUCAUAGUAUGUGCAAUGUCAAAUUGUGUAUGCCUUAAAUGCCAGGAUGUCAUACUCAUUUCGGGUAUUUCAUCUAGUAAAAUUUACUGCACACUAUUAAGGAAGAGAAUAGUUUUUCGAGACCCACUGGUGUUUGAUAAGAGCUGAUAAUCAGAUAUGGCGAUGUGCUUUACCAAAAAUAAAUGAAUGGCAGGAAUCAAUACAAUUUGAGCAUUAGAUUAUGCAUUCUCAGUAUGGAUGAGCCUAGUAUGUUAUUUGUUGCUUACUGUAUUCGAUUUUACUGAACAGUACGUUCUAAAUAGUAUUUAGUACGAUUAGUAGACAGUAUGCAGUUUUAGUAAGUAACAAGACAGAUUUGGGACACAGCCAGAGUGUAGUGCUUAGACUCACCAUCUGGAACCCAGUUGCACAAGUGAUUCCCUAUAGUGGGCUAUAUUGUGAAUUAAUUGGCCUUUUUGUGUACUCGUGUUUUGAUCCCAGAUUGUGCUCAAGCAAACAGGUCUCCGUUAACCCAAACAUGCUUUUCAGAAUGCAGCUUUUGUUCAUAGGGUAACAUUGAUGGUUAUGAAGCCAAUGGACUCAAUAUUUCCAAAGGAAUGUCAUUCAGCUCUGAGCUCUCAACCUACUACCAUUCAUAUGUCUCAGGAUGCGAGACCUUUUACUAGCCUGUAUCUACAGCAUGAGUACAGAAGUAUAGUAACCCUUCAGCGGAGUGGGCCUGUCAUGCAAUGGGAGAGAGCAGCUCCCUGGUGAAAUUAUGUUUUGGUUCAGCUCUCUUAUUCCUAUGUUGACUUGGAGAACCAUGUACAGAACAAUGUCAUUGUAAUGUCUAAUUAAAAAAGUAAUUUUAAAUGUCUAAUUUUCUUAUGUUGAUCAUAACUUGACCAAAAGUGAUUUAAUUGAAUAAAUUGCCUUCAUUUUGCUCGACUCUGCUUUGGCAGCAGCUAAUGGGGAUCCAUAAUAAAUACAAAGGAACACAGUUAUCAUAAUACACAGCUUCCCAAGGACUCAAAAUCCAUUAUAAGAAAGUAUGUACAAAAUGCUAGAGAUAGGAUUGUGAUUGUUCUUUGCUUAUAGUUUACCACCCUUGAGGAAUGAUUUAUAAUAUAACUUGUUCUCAACCUGCCUACCUGGUUAAAUAAAGGUGAAAUGACAA